AUGUCCUCCAAACUCACUCUGCGCAUGCUUCUGGCUGCGGUGACGCUCGCCGCGCUGCAGCUGUGCGCCUCUGGAGCGCCGCUGGAGGAGCCCACAGGUGGGGAGACCUCAGGUGAGGAGGGGGAGGAGACCCCUGACCUGAUGGGAACUUUGAACAUUUUCAACAUUUGGGAGCAGGUCAUUGCGCCGACCAAACGCCACGAGAAAGAGUUUGAAGAAGAAUUUCAAGGCAACGUCGACUACAUCUCUCUGGACAACAAGCGCCCAUCGUUCCCCGUUAAAUGCCCCGACUCCAACUUCACCAAGGAGGCUUGUCUCCAGAGGCUGGCCGAGGGUCUGCUCAACUACACGGUUCUCCUGAAACACGUGGAGAAGGAGUACCCCAACUGCUCCAUGCUGGCUGAGAUCGAGGCGAGCGUCCCGCUGCUCAUUACACAGAUCAAAGCAAAGAUGAGAAAGAGCGAGCGAGUCAAGGCGCUGACCAGCAGCCAGAAGGAGCAGCUGCUGAAGGAGCUCGACAACCCGGACACUUACGCUCGGAAGAUGACGGCGCACAGCGUCCUGUCCUCCCUCCGCUUCUUCCUCAUCGAUGGCAAACGGUCGAUUCGCAGAUGGGAGACGCCCAAAAGACAAGCCGCCAACACCGGCAGCACAAAUUAGUAAAGAGACGUGAGAUUAGACGCUUCUAAUGAAGGAAUACCUCAGGGAAACGUUAGGCGCCGUUUGUUCCGCUCAGGAAAAGUAUCCGUGCUGUC